CUUCAACGUUGCCCUGGUUCCUGCUUUGGUGAUCGUGUGAUCAGCGUCGCCUGGUUUGCUACAUCCUCAUUCUAGGACGUCUCCCCAGGAAACCCCACGCCUCACCUCGUGUGUGAGCCGAGUCUGGUAGUAUCACAAGAUUGCCGAUCUUGGAUAUCAGCAAUCUGUUGAUUGCUGGUGAUUGCCGGGGUUGUCUAGACGCCCGCGUUGUGAUACUAAGCACUACAUACUUGCCUUCAUCUUCCGCCCACCAAAUAAUAAAUACCUCCUAUGAUGGAUCCCCGCCGGUACCCCUCAGACGCGUUGUCCAAUGGUUCGACGAGAUCAGUUUGGUCCACAACUGAGUCGGAAUCAUUUGUUUAUACAGACGAUCCGGACUGGGCUCCAUGGUGGGGCUACGACGGCGUCCGCGGCGCAGUGACGCGGAAGGACGAUAGGCGGGACGACCGCCGUGUACGUGUUGCCGCACACUUCCUACGAGGCCCAUUCGCGGGAUACAAGUCCAAAAAGCAUAGUAGCCACCGCCAUCAUCAUCAUCGGGAUUCGGACUCACAAUCCAGCUACAGCUCCAGCUCCGGAUCCUCAUCCUCCUCCAGGAGGCAUCGACACUUCUCACCAGGCCCGUCAGCAAUGCCCCCUCCGGCCCAUGCAAACCCAGCAUCUCCUCAUAUGCAUUAUCAAGAACCCCCUCCGCAAUUUGGCCACUUCCCCCAAGCUCCGCCAAUGGGUAUGUAUGGACAUCGUCCUCCUCCACCUCCACCAGCAAUGGCAGGGCCACCGCCACGACCUGGUUUUGAGGCAGGCUUUAUCCAAGUGGGUGGUGGUGGCGGGCCACCACCACAACGUGAUCCUGUGUGGGGUCACGAUGCCCAAUACAACGGAGAGCCAGAAGUGUGGGACUGACGCUUCAUUGGUUUAUGAGACACGAUGAGGAACAUGAUGCACUUUUUAAUGUUAUCUUGCUACAGCGAUAAUUCUUGUUUGCUACUACAGUAACUGGAGUG